GUUUAGUCGGUAUGUAUUGAACAUGUCUCAGACAAUAAUAAUACUCCCAUUUAGUUCACAUAGACAAAGUCUUCACUUAAAAGAGUCGGUAGAUCUGUCGAUGUGUCAAGUCAAGACUAGCUUUACUAUCCACGCGCUUGUGUUUAGUUGUGAUGGAAUAUCGAGCAAAUAGUCCAUCUUCUGUCACGAAGGGGGACGAUGGUAGUGAAGGUGAUGGUGCAGCUGCUUAUAUUCCUGGACAGAAUGUAUGUAUAGGAGACGACUCUUGUAUAAAUGUGGAAGAUGUUCUUAAAUCCCCCCAGUUUGCAGCGCCACCUUCCAUCAACCCAGGAAUGGCUUCUGCAUAUUCCGCUCUUGAUAGUGACUCUGGCGAUGCCUGCACAUGCAGUGUUGGUCAAAUGCAAAGUGAACUGUACCAUAACCCAUCACAACCUAACAGUGUGCACCGCCGCAUGUGUCCAAUCAGUCAUCUGUGUCAGGAUAUGACAAAUUUGAACGUUUCAUCACGAAAACAAAAAACACAAACAGCUGUAAAUCUGCCAUCUGGAAUGAAUAGUGUUGAUACAAUACCUUCUUCGUCACUAACAGGACCAGUUACAUUAUACCAGACAAAUAAUAUCACCAUCAACAAGCCAAUAAAUGUGACAGAUUCAAGCAAUAUUAAUAUUGGUGAACAUUCUACAAUGAUCCAUGAAGCUCCGCCAGCACAUACAUUGAACCAGCCGACAUAUGAAAAUACCGUCCCACAAACUUGUGCUACUGAUAGAACACUAAUGAGAGGUGAUAUGUCCCACAACGUAUGGGGGGCAGCAGUUAAGGAAUGCAUAUCAGAGUUACAAGACCACUAUAGCUGUAUAAUAUCCAAACUACAACCAAUACCAUGGUGUGAUUGGCAUGAAAUAAGGCUUACUGAUGUUUAUACUAAACUAGAAUUAGAAGAACGUAGGGGUGUAUUCCGACCCAUCAGACUAGAGAAGAUAUUUGAUACACUACCUGAUACUCACACAUUACCCAAAAGAAUAAUUAUAAGAGGAAAUCCUGGGAUAGGGAAGAGCACUCUAUGCCGAAAAUUAGCCUACGAUUGGGCAACAGGGGCCUACUAUAUGGUGAAUCACUUUGAUGUAGUACUUUUAAUUGAGGUUCGACAGAUGACAGGUACUAUUAAAGACGCAAUAAGUGACCAGUUAUUACCUCAUGAUAUGAAGGAUGAUGUAAGAAAUGACUUUUUUCAUUUCAUUGAAAAUCACCAGGAAAGAGUUGCUAUAAUACUUGAUGGAAUAGAUGAACUUAACUCUAACAUCAGAACUGACAUCAAAAAAUUUAUAGAUCGUAAAAUCUACAAGCGUGUUACUGUUCUUGUGACCUCACGUCCAGACAAAGAUAUGCAUAUUCCACAAUUAUGUUAUGACAGGUUCAUUGUAAACAAUGGCUAUACACUUGACAAUGGAAUUGAUUUCAUCCAUAGAUAUUUCAAACACAAUGUUCAGGAGUCAUGUUGCAGUGAGCUUGUUGAUGGAAUUCGCACAUCUUUGUAUCUGCAGGAUCUUGCCUCCAACCCACUCAAUAUAAUCCUGCUGUGUAUUAUUUGGCAAGAAAAUAAAACGAUGCCGCAAACAAAACACGAGUUGUUCAACUUGUUAGAAUAUUGUGUAACAAGGAGAUUCUGUAUGAAAAUGGGAAUUGAAAUGCCUGGUAAUGACAUUCCUGACGAGUGUCAGACACUUUUGCAUGAAAUAUCUGAAAUAGCAUUUGAAGGAAUAAUGGAUGAGACAUAUCGAUUUAAAGAAAGUAACCUACGUAAACGAUACAAGGAUAGUCUAUUUUACAAGAUGGGAUUUAUGACUGAGGAAUUGAGUACUGCAAUAAUAAAAACCACCACAUUUUUAGUGUUCCCACAUAAAACUAUACAAGAGAGAUUCGCAGCCAGAUAUUUGAUGCAUCUUCCCGGGAAAAAAAGACAACGUCACAUAGAAACUCUUGCGUACUCUAACUCGUAUAAUGUAUUGGUGCAUGCAAGUGGGUAUAUGAAUAAUCAAGAUGCGGAUAUAGCUCAUCUUAUCAAUUCUGUUCACAUGGUUUAUGAGACAUAUUUGUCCUUGGAGGAUAGAGACAUAAAUGUAUCCAAAAUCAAACAAAACGUAGAUGAGUACAUUUGUCUAGCUUUGGAGUGCAUCUACGAAUCAAAGUGUAAUUCACAAUUGAUAAAAAAGUUGACAAGUUUUAUCAAAAGAGAUAUCUGUGUGCCACUCCCCACAUGUAAAACCAGUACACUUUAUACAUUAGCGUCUAUACUCCAACACAAAUCGUGCAGAUUUAAAUCUUUGCAUGUAAUAAUUGGUGAAGACGAUCAAAACAAGUGGGAAAUACUUCUCGGUGGUAUAGCGAAAAACAGUCCAUAA